AUGGAUGAAAAAGCUGGUGGCAUUGCUUUGUCGGUUUCCAAGUUGGGUGACUUUAAUAGCAUGAUUUUCAACACUGGGAUCCACGAUCUUUCCUCUAUUGGGCAUUUUUACACAUGGCACAAUCAUCAGCCCAAUAAUCCUAUCCAUAUCAAACUGGAUAGAGUUCUUGUCAACGACCAUUGGCUCCAAUGCUUCCCUAACUCUUUUUAUAAAGUUAAUGAUCCGGAUUGCUCUGAUCACUCACCCUUAAUCUUGGUUAACUCCUUUGAUUGCAAGCGUGGCCACCGUUUCUUAUUCAAAAACUACUGUACUAAGAUGCCUGAAUUUUGGAGUUGCCUUUUGGAUGUGUUUUCUCAACCUAAUGAGAGUAGUCCUCUUAGCUCUUUUAAUUUCAAGCUCAAGACCCUUAAGAAGGCUAUGAAACACAAAAACUGGACUAAUGCGUCCCUCAUCCAAGGUGAUGUUGACACUCUCAAAGACCUCCAUCACUCGAUUCUGACUCAGAUUCAAAGCAAUCCUCUUGAUCCUGAUUUGAAUGACAAGCUCAGCCUUGUUAGCACAAAGCUUGCUUAUUACCAGGAGACCCUUUCUAGCUGGAUUAUGCAAAGAGCUAAGGUUAAAUGGUUAACCCAUGGUGAAGAUGAUUUGAAGUUUCUCUACUCAAAAAUCAAUAUUACCAAAAAUCAAAACCGAAUUAAGGGUAUUACUAAUGAGCAUGGCACUUUCACUAAUCAUGCUGAUAUUGCCAAUGUCUUUAUCAAUCAUUUUAAGGACCUUUUCAAUUCCCCUGCUCCCAAUGAUCUUUAUCAAAUGGUUUUGGAUAUCCCUGCGGGGAGUACUGUUCCAGCUCACCUCUCUUCAUCUCUCACUGCUCCGGUCACUAUGGAAGAGAUUAAAGACAUUGUUUUCUCUGGUAAUCCUAAUACAGCUCCUGGUCCUGACGGUUUUACUUUUGGUUUCUAUAGAUCUACUUGGACUGUUAUUCAACAUCAUCUUUGUAGAGCUGUCUCUUCCUUUUUCACCACUGGCUUCAUGCCUAGUCAGAUUAAAGCAACUGCCAUUGCUCUCAUUCCUAAGCAAGCCCACGCUAGCAAUGUUAAAGAUUAUAGACCAGUAGCUCUUUGUAAUGUUAUCUAUAAAAUCAUUGCAAAAAUCAUUGCAAAUCGUAUGAAGAUGGUGCUUCCCUAUAUCAUUCAUCCCAGUCAAGGUGGUUUCAUUCAUAAGAGAAUUAUUUCUGAUAAUAUUCUUUUGGCUACUGAUAUUCUGGGUUGUUUUAACCUUAAAGCCAAACACAAGUUUUUAUGUGCCAAAUUUGAUAUCACAAAAGCUUUCGACAUGGUGUCUAGAGAAUUCCUUUACAAAAGAUUAGGCGAUAAAGGUUUUCCUAGCUUAUUCAUUUCUUGGAUCAGAGCUUGCACCACUAAUGUCCACUUCUCUAUUUGUAUCAAUGGGGUUCUGGAGGGCUAUUUUAAUUCAACUUCUGGGAUUAGGCAAGGUUGUCCCCUAUCCCCCUACCUCUUUGCCAUCAUUAUGGAUGGGCUGUCCUCUAUUAUUGACCUUGUUGUUGCUAGAAAUUCCUUUCAACCCAUCAGAGCCGAAUUGAUGGAAUCUGAUAAAAAAUCACAAUAUUGGGACUAUUUGUGUGCUAAAGCCAAAGAGAUUCAGGGUUGCAUUUCUUUUUCUGUGAUUGCCAACAGCAAUCUUUCUUUCUUUUGGGACCCUUGGUGUGGGGGAAAUUCGGUUGCUGACUACGUAGAUAAUGCAAACUCUUAUUUCAGUUUUUCCUUUCUUUUUGACUGGAAAGUUUCUCUGUUGAUCCAAGAGGAUUGCUGGAAAAUUCCCACUUGCUUUGACAGUCAAAUUGCUGCACGGAUCAAUUCUGUUAAAAUCAAUUCUGAACCAGAGAACCAUUUCUGGAUAAAUACCCAAAAUCCAAGCUUUAAAGAUUUCAACUCCCAUUUUUAUGCUAAUGAGAUUGCUGUUCCUUGGCAUAAAUAUAUUUGGCACAAGAAUAAUGCCUUGCGUUUUUCUGUAUAUGCUUGGAUGAUGUUUCAUGGGGGAUUAAAAACUGCUGAUGUGCUUGCUGUUCGUGGAAUUGUGGUUCCUAGCAUAUGUUCCUUCUGUCAUGAUGAUAUGGAAACUAUCACUCACUUCUAUUUUGAAUGCACCUACAUUUUCGACAUUGCUAAAAGGCUUUUUCCUUGGAUGCAUAAUCUUUUUAUGAGGCCAAACUUCUACCAGGUCUUUGACAGCAUUUUUGACCAAGGGUUUGAUAUUAAAACUAGGAAUCACUAUCUUCUUAUCGCCUCUGCCAUGAUCAACUUUGUUUGGAGAGCGAGAAAUGACAGACUUUUCGGUAGCAUUAUUGACAGCAAAGCCACAAUCAUUGCUAAAAUCAAAAAAGCUAAAUUAGUUUUUGGAAUUUUGGAGAAUCUUCUGGUCAUGCUGUAUGCUGGGGAAUUCAUUUUUGACAGGACGAUGAUGAACGCUAAUCUUUUUCAGCAACAUCUUGGACGGCCUUUUUGGCAACCAGAGGCCAUGCUCCAUUUAGCCCCAGCGGAGAUUUUUGACCCUCUCGAGAACUUGAGCAUAUUUCUGAGUCCUUGGCUCCCAUUGCCAACUUUUUGCUUCUUUUCCAAACGUAAUUUUCUUCUUUAG